GUCGCUUCAAUUUAAAUUCAUUACAAUGAAAAUGUGUUUUAAGUAAAUAGACGUUGUUUUAUGCAUUAACUACAAGGUGUAAUAUUAUUAAACCAGUGCCUAAUUUGUGUACAGUGCAACAAAGACUUGUAAAAAUGCGGGCUACAGUGAUAAAUGUAUUAUUUUUUACACUGUCCAUGUGUUAUGGACAAGGUAAUCCGCCAUUGCCGAAUCCUCUUCCACCUUCUAACCUUCACAUUGGUUUGACUGAGCGUAUUGGCAAUUUUUCUGUGGAAUUACUAUAUCAUGCGACGAAACAACAACAAACGCAACAAAACUUGAUACUAUCACCCAUUACUGUAUGGACCGUACUGGCAGUGAUUUCUGAAGGAGCUACAGAAGGUACGUUGAGACAGAUCAAUCAUGCUAUCAGAAUAAAAACCAAGAGUAGGGAAGCAGUACGCCAAGAUUUCCGCGAAAUUGCUAGGUGGCUUCGCGUUAACACCAAAACUGUGCAACUUGCGAAAAUCAAUGCCAUCUUUGUCCAUUCUGAUACUCUACCCAGAACUGACUUUAGCGCAUUAGCGAAAAAUUUCUAUGAUACUGAUGUUGUGACUUUAAAUUUUAAUGACUCUGUUAAUGCGGCCAAUUCUAUAAACCAUGCAAUUGCCAAUGUUACUCAUGGUAGAAUACCAAAGAUAGUAGACAGCAGUUACUUCCAAAAUAGUCAAAUGAUACUCACCAGUGCUCUGUAUUUCAAGGGACAGUGGACAUUCCCUUUCAACGCAACAUCUACUUCAAAAAUGUCAUUUUACAGUAGUCUUGGCCAGAAAAUAGGUGAAGUCAACAUGAUGUAUAACCGUCACAAUUAUCCAUUUGCCAAUAUCCAACAAUUGCAAGCAAGAGUUAUAGAGAUUCCUUAUGGUAAAGAGAACCGUUUGUCUAUGCUUAUAAUGCUGCCACAUCCUGAUGUGUCCUUGGAUACUAUGUUCUACAAUUUCCAAAAAAUAACACUUGAUAAAGUAUUUGAGGAGUUAAAAAUCUCUAAAGAGGAAUUCGGAGAUGAUGAAGUGGACUGCUUAAUACCUAGAUUCAAAAUUGAAUCUAACAUAGAUCUUACUGAAAUUAUGAGGAAUAAGUUUAAUAUGCAAGAUUUGUUUGAUGAGAGCCGUGCACGAUUGCCUCGUAUGGCGGCAUGGCCCGUUUAUGUCUCUAAAAUGAUUCACAAAGCCGAGAUUGAAGUCUCUGAAGAAGGUACUACAGCUUCCGGAGUCACAGUUGUUGAAUUUAGUAACCGUAUUGGUGUAAUAAGAUUUGAAGCGAACAGACCCUUUUCAUAUGUGAUCAUAGAAAAGAUCACAAAUUCUAUUGUCUUUGGUGGGGUUUACCAAGAACCCUCUUUAUAUUGAUUAUAGACAGAUUGUGAAGCAAAGAUCAGAAAACUAAGAGAUAAAAUAUAUACUCAAAGCUAUAUGGACAACUAGAGAUGCCAAAGGCAAGGCUUUACAAAUUAAUAAAAUAAUGGCAUCCAUAGUUGCCAGUUGCACUCAAAUUUAAUGGCAAAUGAAGAUCUUAUUAUUUCUUUUUUUAUAUAAUUAUGUUUAAGUGUUUCUUAAAUAACUAAAACUUUAGAAUUAGUUUAACACUUGUAAGAAGGAUAAUGUCAUUCUUUGGAUAUACAAACUAUACACAAACAGUAUUUUAAGCAGGAUACUCAAUAUCACUUAAUUUGUAUUACAAUAAUAUUUCUGCCUGGCAAAUUUACAUUAAUUCCUGACUCAUGUAUUCAAUAACAUACAUUUCAAUUAUGUCAUCAGUGAAUAUUAAAAAUAGAAGUACAUAUGGAGCAAUCAGAGCUAGUCAUCAUAAUACAUAAGUUGAAAGUAAAUAUUAUUUAAUUCACUAAAUUUCAAUCAUCAGUUUGCUGUUUUGUUUUUUUUUAUAAAUUAAAUAUAUUUUUUUUGUUUAUUUAUGAUGAAUUGUAAAUGAUUUCACAGGAUGCUUUAACAAAUGUCAAACACAUUCCAAAUAACUGUAUCAAUAAAUUCUAUUUCUAUAAUAUACACAAUUAGAUCCUUCCAUCUCUUUAACCUUUUUACAGCAGUAAAUUUUAUUUAAAGAUUCAUAGGGAAAACAUUUUGUUAAUAGACCUACAAAAAAUAUGUGAUUGGUGCUCUCUUUCUAUAGAUAAGUAAAAGUAAGUGAAAGAUAGAUGUGCAAUUUAAUGAUGUGAUAUAUGCAUACUAUUUUAUGUAUUACUAAUAUAAAAAUGUUUACGAU